CAGUGCUCCCGAUAACGGGAUAUCGAUCUCAAGUGAUCGGUGCCGAUGAAACGAGCCGGAAGAGAAGAAGAGACUUUUACAGUUUCUUCAGAUGCAGCCAGGAGGAGCCGGCAGAGCCCGGAUGUGUGGACUAACUUAUUGAGGAGGACUUUGUUCACAGUUUAAACCUCAGACUCGCGAAGCUAGCGUCGCGAGCUAGCAGGCGCUACACGGACCCGAGCGGAGCCGAGCGACACCGAGCGGAGCCGAGUGAGCGACGCGCGUUUCCCGGAGCUGUCUGGAGGAAACGUUUCUGAGCUCGUGGAAAUGACUAAAGUCCAAAUGGAAAUGGAACUUUGUAGUUUAAAGGAGGAGAACCAGCGACACCGGAAGCUGUUGGAUGCCGUGUUCAACCCGGAAGUCCGGGUCCAACGAGCAGAGGACCCAGAGCCCCCCCACAUUACAGAGGAACAGGAAGACCCAGAGUCUCCCUUUAUUAAGGAGGAACCGGAGGAUCCAGAGUCCCCCUAUAUUACAGAGGAACAGGAGGACCCAGAGUCUCCCUAUAUUAAGGAGGAACAGGAGUACACAGAGUCCCCCUAUAUUAAAGAGGAACAGGAGUACCCAGAGCCCCCCCACAUUACAGAGGAACAGGAAGACCCAGUGUCUCCCUAUAUUGAAGAGGAACAGGACUACCCAGGGUCCCCCUAUAUUACAGAGGAACAGGAGGACCCAGAGUCUCCCUAUAUUAAGGAGGAACCGGAGGAUCCAGAGUCCCCCUAUAUUACAGAGGAACAGGAGGACCCAGAGUCUCCCUAUAUUAAAGAGGAACAGGACUACCCAGGGUCCCCCUAUAUUACAGAGGAACAGGAGGACCCAGAGUCCCCCUAUAUUACAGAGGAACAGGACUACCCAGGGUCCCCCUAUAUUAAAGAGGAACAGGAGGAUCCAGAGUCCAUCAACAUUAAAGAGGACCAGGAGGACCCAGAGCCCCUGGAGGAGGAUGUUAUCAAGUUUACAUUCAAUCCUGUAAAAAGUGAAGAUGAUGAAGAGGAACCUCAGUCCGAUGAGAACCUUCUGCAGAACAAAGAAGUCCCUGUAAGUGAUGUAUUUCCAGUGCUACAGUUCACGUCAAGCAGCUCGCCUGCAUGUGCUGCACGCUCUGACCACCAGGGACAUCUGGAGAAACCCAGCAGCUCCAAAACAGGAGAGAAAACAUUUCAAUGCUCGCUUUGUGACAAAAGUUUUGGAUUUAAUAAGUCUCUAAAGAGACACAUGAAUGUCCACACAGGAGAGAAACCAUUUCAAUGCUCGCUUUGUGACAAAAGAUUUGGAUUCAAUAACGAUCUAAAGAGACACAUGAAUGUUCACACUGGAGAGAAACCAUUUAGUUGUUACAUGUGUAGUAAAACAUUUACACAAAAGGCAAACCUGAACUAUCACAUGACUGUGCACACAGGAGAGAAACCGUUUAGUUGUUCUAUGUGUAGCAAAACAUUUACACACAAGGGACACCUGAACUCACACAUGUUCAUUCACACAGGAGAGAAACCGUUUCGUUGUUCUGUGUGUAGUAAAACGUUUCCACACAAGGGACACCUGAACGAUCACAUGACUGUUCACACAGGAGAGAAACCAUUUAAAUGUUCAGUUUGUGAUAAAACAUUUAAACAAAAGCCCAAUCUGAAAAAACAUUUAGUUGUCCACACUAGAGAAACUAAGUAGUCGUGGAGUUCGCUCAACAAGAUUCUCUUGUCUUGGUUAUUCCAAACAUCUUUGAAGUAUUCCUGAGAGUCUCUGAAAUAAAUGUGGUGAAACCCUUAAGAACUGUCAGGCUGAUCCAGACUCCAACACAAGUGUCUUCAGCGAAGAUGAAGCUACACAUGUGUUUAUAUUCUUUGAUGUGAGUGUCUCUGGUCUUGUGUUUCAUGUGUUAUGUAUUGUCAUGCAUAUUUGAAUUUAAAUAGUUUACAUCGUCAAAGUGUUUCAUGUCCUCACUGGUUUGAGCUGAAUUCUCAUCGGAGAAGAAACUGAGGAACAUUUGUAACCUUCUUCCUCUUCAGUUUAAACUCAAUACUUCAUUUAGUUUGACUGUAGAAACUGACAUUGAGUUCCAUAACUGAGGAAGGACUGAAUUGAGAAAAGGAUUGUGGGUAAUUGCCUCCUUCCUCCUUUCUUCUUCAACAUCAUCCUCUACUGAUCUCCUCUCUUUGAGAUUUAGGGUUCCUUUGUUUUACGGCGUGAAUAUUUGACCUUUUGUUGACCGCUCGUUCUCUUGGAUUCACUCGUGUUGGAACAGCUGUUCAAGUCUUCUGUUGUUGUUGUUUUCUUGGCUCAAACAUUUGGAAAGUUCAGCCGACGUUUCCACCAACAUGACUUCAGUUCAAUGUUCUUCUAUAUUUGUCCCAGAGUUUGUCACCAAGCUGCAGCUGCUGGCUUUUCUUUUAAAAUAAAUAUGUGUUCAUGA